AUGAAGGUCCUUAGUGCCGGCCUUGUCGGCGUGUCUCUCCUUUCACUUGCCAGCGCCCAGAACAGCGCGAAGUGGUGGAAGAAGCCUCUUGUCAACAGCAUUGCCCUCGAAGCUCACAUCAAGCUGAGAGAUCUAUUGCACGGAUCGCAGCAGCUUGAGAACUUUGCCUACCAGUGGCCGGAUCGCAAUCGUGUCUUCGGUUCCCCUGCUCAUGACGCCACAGUCAACUACCUCAUUAAGGAGCUGGAGGAGACCGGUUACUACGAUGUCUAUAAGCAGCCGCAGGUCCACCUUUGGACCAAGGGAGACCAGAAUCUGACCGUUGAUGGCAAGGCUAUUGAGGCCCAGGCGAUGACCUACAGCCCCAGCGGCAAUUUUGAAGCAGAACUCUCACUGGUAGCAAACCUGGGCUGUGAUGCGACUGACUAUGCGUCUGACAUCGCCGGAAAAAUCGCGUUGAUCAAGCGUGGGACGUGUAGUUUCGCAGAAAAGUCCAUCCUUGCAGCAUCUGCCAAUGCAGUCGCCGCUAUUGUCUACAACAAUGCUGCAGAAGGUGUGAUGGGUGGAACCCUGGGCGGUCCCUCCAACCCAGCGGAACCUUAUGUUCCUAUUGUCGGCAUCAGCCUCGCGGAUGCAUCGUCGAUAGUCGACCAGCUCGCCAGUGGGCCUGUAGCCGCCAAGCUCAAUGUUCUCACAGAGAUGGAAAACAGAACAACCUACAACGUUAUCGCGCAAACAAAGGGUGGUGAUCCUAACAACGUUGUUAUGCUCGGUGCUCACACGGAUUCUGUCGAAGCUGGACCCGGUAUCAAUGAUGACGGGUCGGGAACCAUCAGCAAUCUAGUCAUUGCCAAGGCCUUGUCAAAGUUCUCAGUCAAAAAUGCAGUGCGAUUUGGCUUCUGGACGGCUGAAGAGUUCGGACUCCUGGGCAGUGAAUUCUACGUGGCCAAUCUCAAUGAAACUGAGCGUGCGAAGAUCAGACUUUACCUCAACUUUGACAUGAUUGCCUCACCAAACUAUGCGUAUAUGGUAUAUGAUGGCGACGGUGACACCUUCAACCAGACUGGACCGGCUGGGUCUGCUGAGAUCGAGCACCUGUUCCAGCACUAUUUCGCGGUGCGUGGAUUGAAGACUAUCGCGACCGAGUUUGAUGGUCGGUCGGAUUAUGCUGCCUUCAUCGAGAAUGGAAUUCCUGCCGGUGGUCUCUUUACCGGGGCAGAGGGAAUCAAGACCGAAGAUGAGGCGGCAGUUUUUGGGGGAGAGGCUGGAGUGGCCUACGACGCCAACUACCAUGCAGUCGGAGAUAAUAUGACCAACCUGAACCCCACGGCGUUUCUAGUUAACUCCCGGGCCACUGCCUACGCCGUCGCCAAGUAUGCAGUUAACCUUGAUUCGAUCCCAUCUCGGAUUGCAACAGCACAACGCCGCCAUGUCAGUUAUCGCCGAGAUACCCCGGUGCACAAGCAUACCCAUGGUGGAUGUGCCAAAUCGCGUGUGUCCUCAUAG